UGAUAGCAGCGCAUUCGAUGAUGAGCGCAACAUCCGGGUACCGGCCGCUCACUGAACUGACGACUUCCGGCGUGAAGGCGCUGACGUCCCUGAGUACGGAAGUGUGCGCAUUGACAAACAGCCUCUGGAGACACGUCUCGAGCCUGCUAAACGUCGUAGGGCCAUGGCUCGUGGGCAUCAGAAGAUCCAGUCGCAGCAGAAGAACGCUAAGAAGGCGGCUGAGAAGAAAAAGUCUCAGGGCGCCGACCAGAAGACAGCGGCAAAAGUGGCUCUGGUCCAUACCUGUCCCGUCUGCAGGACCCAGAUGCCCGACCCAAAGACCUUCAAGCAGCACUUUGAGAGCAAACACCCCAAGUCCCCCAUGCCCCCAGAACUUGCUGACGUCCAGGCCUGAACCACAACAAGCUGACAAACCAGUUGGACCAAAGCAUUGACUUGUGGAGCAGUUGGAAGUUAGCAGGCAUUGGAACAUGUGGAAUACAUGGACUGAGAAGUGUGUGACAGAUUGUAAGAGCAACAGCCAACAAGUAUUUAUUGUAUGAAUCUGUUAUUGAGAAGGAUGAGUUUGAGUGUUGGUUGUUGCAUAUUCUUCCUUUUUGUUGGACAGUUUGUGUGAACAGGACGCGUACAAACCACUAAACGUCAUCCAGACGUCACAAGUACCUCACAUCCUUCCUGGUCUCCUAGCUGGCAAUCAUCAGACACACAAUGUGUUUGACAUAUUGUGGCAGAUGAACCAAUAAACACACUAGCGGACUGUACUUCUCCAA